CGGUGUGAGGACAAGGAGCUCUGUUUCUGGAUUUCAGGGCAUUUUCUCCUGAUGCAGCUGUGAUUUCCCCCCAGAUCCCUCGUGAGGACGAAAUCUAGAGGUGGAGGCGAAGGCAGAAAUGGCCGGUUCUCAGGGACAGCUGACCUUCAGGGAUGUGGCCAUAGAAUUCUCUGAGGAGGAGUGGGGAUGCCUGACCCACACUCAGCGGCAACUGUACAGGAAUGUGAUGUUGGAGAACUACGGACACCUCCUCUUCUUGGGACUCCUUCUGUCAAAGUCAGACCUGAUUAUAUAUUUGGAGCAAGAGAAGCAGCUCUGGGAUAUGAAGAGAAAGGAGACCAGAGGCUUCCAUCCAGGGGAGGAAACUUACAUUUUUAAGGAAUGCGGUAAAUUCUUUGACUGCCACUCAACACUAUCUCAACAUCAGCGAAUACAUACUGGAGAAAAAAUACACAAAUGUGAAGAAAGUGGUCAAACCUUUAAGGACUAAUAUGUCAAGGCUUUUAACAAUCACUCAAGUCUCUAUAGACCUCAUCAAAUUCAUAUUGCAGGGGAAAAUUACAAGUGUAAUGAAUGUGCCAAAGCCUUUACAUCAUGCUCAAAACUUAUUCAACAUCAGAGAAUUCAUAGUGGAGAUAAACCUUACCAGUGUCAACAAUGUGGCAAGAGCUUUGGUCACAGAUCAACCCUUACUCAACAUCACAGAAUUCAUACUGGAGAGAAACCUUACCAAUGUCAAGAAUGUGGCAAGAGUUUUAACCACAGGUCAUCCCUUAUUAAACAUCACAGAAUUCAUACUGGAGAGAAACCUUACCAAUGUCAAGAAUGUGGCAAGAGCUUUAACCAGAAGCCAUCCCUUAUUAAACAUCACAGAAUUCAUACUGGAGAGAAACCUUACCAAUGUGAAAAAUGUGGCAAGGCCUUUAACUGCCUUUCACACCUUUCUGAACAUCAUAGAAUUCAUACUGGAAAGAAACCUUACCAGUGUCAAGAAUGUGGUAAGGCCUAUGCUGUCCAUUCACAACUUACUAAGCAUCACAGAAUUCAUACUGGAGAAAAACCUUACCAAUGUCAAGAAUGUGGCAAGGCCUUUAGUGACAGGUCAAUCCUUACUGAACAUCACAGAAUUCAUAGUGGAGAAAAACCGUACCAAUGUCAAGAAUGUGGCAAGGCCUUUACCUGGAGGUCAAAUCUUUCUCGGCAUCAGAAAACUCACAGUGAAGAGAAACCUUAUCAAUGUCAAGAAUGUGGCAAGGCCUUCAAGUGGAGGUCACAUCUUUGUGAACAUCACAAUAUUCAUAAUGCAGAUAAACCUUACCAAUGUCAAGAAUGUGGCAAGACCUUUAACUGGAGGUCAGGUCUUGCUAAGCAUAAGAGAAUUCAUUGUGGAAAAAAAUCUUACCAAUGUGAAGAAUGUGGUAAGCCCUUUAAGGACAGCUCAACUCUAAUUGAACAUUGCAGAACUCAUACUGGAGAGAAACCUUACCAAUGUAAAAUAUGUGGCCAGGCCUUUAACUGCCUUUCACACCUUUCUCAACAUCAUAGAAUUCAUACUGGGGAGAAACCUUACCAAUAUCAAGAAUGUGGCAAGACCUUUUGUUACAGGUCAGCCCUUACUCAACAUCACAGAACUCACACUAGAGAGAAACCUUACCAAUGUCAAGAAUGUGGUAAGGCCUUUAUCCACAACUCAAACCUUAUACAACAUCACAGAAUUCAUACUGGAGAGAAACCUUACCACUGUCAGGAAUGUGGCAAGUCCUUUAGCUGGAGGUCAGGCCUUACUCACCAUUACAGAAUUCAUUUUGGAGAAUAA